GGUGCAAUCAGUGUACAGACCUUAUCAGUUACUACCUGUAACUCUUUGUGCAUAAAUCCUCCUUCAAUUAGUAGUACAACUGCAAUGUUACCAUUUAAUCAUACAACUACAACACCAUAUUAUUGCUAUACUUCAGUCAUGAUCUCGCCCUGGCAGAGCAAGACUACUACAGUCAGUAAUGCCACUCCAUCAGUUUCAGUAACUCCAUCAAUCAGUGAUACAUCAGAUAGUGUUAUUGCUCUUGGUGUGUCAGUAGGUGUAUUGUUGAUUCUAACAACUGUCAGUGUUAUCAUUAAUAUUUACUGCUUUAUAAAGUAUUGUAAAUAUUCUAUUGACAGACGUAUAAAUGAAGGGAUUAAAGAAUUUUUUUCAGCUACCAAGCAAAUAAAAACUGAUUAUGAUAUUGCAAUGCAAGUACAUGAGCCAUAUGAACUCCAUGCACUAAGGAGAAAGAGUGAUGAAGAUAUUGAAAUGCAUGUAUGUGAACCAUAUGAACAUUGCAGUGCUAAAACAGUUCAAGUGAUUGAGGAGAUUUAUGCUGAAUGUAAAGCAUCACCUAAUUACAUUGCUGAUGAAGAUUACAUUUGAACUGCUUUUAAAAAACAAAAAAUAUGUGUAGUUCUAAAUGUAGUUUUCCCACCUGUAGUUUUAUUGCUAUAGCUGUAUUACUAUUUGAUUUUUUGUAGCAAUAAUUUUACAUGUUAA